AUGGGAGGCAAGAUAUUUCCGGAAAUAUUAGAGGCUCAAUUCCAAGUGGCUUACAAAUCCGGCAACAAUGUUUCGAAACUGCUAAAAACCGAAGAUGUUGGAGCGCAAAGUUGUGGUGAAGGAACGUUCAGUAAGCUAUGCCGGUCACUCACGACUAGUCUCUCCGUCAGAGUUGGUUCGGCUUGUAAUGUUGAAUUGGGGGAUAAAUUGCCCAGGAAUAAGCAGCAUUCUUCUACACUGAAGGAGUUAUGCGAAUGGGAGACAAAGCUCUAUAAUGAGGUGAAGAAACUCGACAAGGAUGGAGGUGAGGUUGCCAAAAGCUGUGCGGUAUACAAUUUCAAAGAAAUCCAAAAACUGAGAGAUGGAGAGCUGCAGCAGCAAAUCGGUGAGCUGCUAAAAGCCCUAUGGAGAGAUUGGAAGGUGAUGUCAGAAUGCCAUAGCAUCCAAAAGGACAUCAUGUCCAAAGCAGAAACAUAUGAUGUAUUAAAGAUCAACGAUGCCUCAACCUAUAAGAAAAUUAAAGUGCUUAAACAAGACCUUUCCAAUUGGAGAAGAUGCUUUGCUGCAUAUAUUUCUUCACAAAAGGCCUACGUUGGAGCUCUUGACAGUUGGGUCAGCCACUCGUUCCCAUCGUUUUGUGAAGAUGACAUUCAUGAAAACCACAUUCUAUCUUUGCUCUUGAAAACGUGGUCAUCAGCUGGUUUGGAGGAGCUGCCUGUCAAGGAAGUAACUGAUGCCAUGAAAAGCUUGGAGAAACAAGUUGAAGAACUGAAGGUUCAACUGAGGAAGGAAGGGAAACAAAAGAGGAAGGUUAAGAGACUCGAGAGAAGGGUUCAGGAACUUAAGAUAAAUGUUAUUAAAUUUGAUGAUGAGGGGGACGAUGAAAAGUUGGAGAGUUUGGAGUACAAGCUAAGCGAAGAGGAAAAGGCGCUCCAUAGCAGGAUAGAGAAGCGAGAGGUCGCAGCAAAUGCUGUUUGUACUGGAUUUUCAUCAGUCUUUGAAUCCUUGGCUGAGUUUUCAGAGACUUGUUAUGAAAAAAUCGCUGAGAUUUCAGUGAUCGACAAAAGGGAACACGUACAUUGCGGGCGCGCGAAAAGACGUCUGAAGAGUAUUACUGCUACAUUGGUUAUCUAA